GCCAAAGUACAACUCUGUAAUAUUUAACUGUCCUGUUGUUAAUCUAGUCAUCCUUAUAAAGGAGUAAGUAAGCACUGCUCAUCUCUCGGCAGGCCGAGGCAGUGUAGUAAGCUAAACCGCUAUUACACUAGCAGCUGUUAGAGUGCGAAAGCUUUUCUGUGUGCGAAGCAGAGCAAGGCAAUGCUUGUGUUAACUUUCUAGCGCGAUGGUUUUUUCAUUGGGGAGACGAUGCCUUGCUGAACGGACUUCCUCAAAACAUUAUCUCUGCGCUAGCAUGUGGAAGCAAAUUCUGGGUAAAACCAGGGCCGAGGCAGCUCUCCGGAUUUUGGAUUUGUAACUUAGUCCCAAACAGUUUUCUUCUUCGGCCUGAGGAACUGUGGCUUCACUUUAGGUUAAGCAGAUGCUUGAGCGGGGCGAGGGCCCGCGUUGUCCGUUCUGCAGUGGCUUUAACGUACAGCGGGUCGGUCUCGCUGACAGUGUGUGUCUGCAUUUAGUGUCUCCUGAGGCUACAGACGGGUGUUUGAGGAGUACAUGCGGGUUAUUAGCCAGCGGUACCCAGACAUCCGCAUUGAAGGGGAGAACUAUCUUCCUCAACCUAUAUAUAGAUCUCCAGGUGGUAAUAUCUCUAUGGGAACUUAAUGCAGCUAUCUGUAUGAUGAGGCCUGUCAUGUUGCAAGGCAAUCUGAAGCACAUAGCAUCCUUCCUGUCUGUCUUCAAACUAGUAUUAAUAGGUUUAAUAAUUGUUGGCAAGGAUCCAUUUGCUUUCUUUGGCAUGCAAGCUCCAAGCAUCUGGCAGUGGGGCCAAGAAAAUAAGGUUUAUGCUUGUAUGAUGGUUUUCUUCCUGAGCAACAUGAUUGAGAACCAGUGCAUGUCAACAGGUGCAUUUGAAAUAACUUUGAAUGAUGUUCCAGUAUGGUCUAAGCUGGAGUCUGGCCACCUUCCUUCCAUGCAGCAGCUUGUACAAAUUCUUGAUAAUGAAAUGAAGCUCAAUGUGCAUAUGGAGUCAAUGCCUCAUCAUCGAUCAUAGCCCCAUCUAUCAGCACUGAAACUUCUUGCAUUAAGUGGUGAUUUCCAAGGGCAGCGUGGCUCAGACCAAUGAAGGCCUGUACUGAAGACAGCAUGCUGUUGGUACAGACUGGAUGCUUUUCCUGCAGUCACGUCAUGCCUCCUGAGAAAAAUCUUAAUGAAAGACAUCUUUCAGUGCUGGCGUGUUUCCAGAUACUGCACAUUCAUGGAGUGCAAUAAUACUGUAUAGUUUUUUUAAGAUUUCAUUCGACCAGUUCAUAGCUCAACAAUGCAGGCAUUACUAAUUGUAACUUAUUUUAUAUUCAUGUUUCACACAAUGGCAGAUUGAGUUGAUAUCUAAUUUUUCCUUGGAAAAAGUUUGUUUAAUCUGUUGUAUUUUAUAUGAAUUUCUGUUCUUUUUGUAGUUUGAAAUGGAGUUAUAGGAGUGUCUGAUAUUGUCCUAAAUUGUAAAAUAAUUGACAGCUGUCUAUCAAAUAUCUCUAAUGUGGUUAUAGCAGGUUUGUAUAUUUUUCAAAAUCUAUGGCAGAGUUGAACAGUGCAUUAUGUACUAAAUUAUAUGAACAAAAUUAUAUGCAGAGUAAUUACAUCAUUUUGUGACGUCAGUAAAAAUUAAGACCAGCUGCUUUUUAAAUUGUGUUGGCCAGCUCAAGAGGUUUUCCCUUGACCAAUCUGAAGAGUUGAAAAGCUGGGCCUUUCUACUGUCCUAAAUAUAAACUAAGAAAAUUAAUUUAAAUAAAGAGUUCUCAUUUACCGUGUGAAGUACUUUGAGUUGCUAAUGGUGGUCAAAUUCUUAGAAUUGCAACUGAAAAAUGCAUAAAAAGCCUACUUUCC